AUGGCAGAUAUCCUCACCCAACUCCAGACCUGUCUGGACCAACUAGCAACCCAAUUCUACGCAACCCUAGGCUACCUAACAACCUACCACGACAACUCCCCCGCAAUCACACCUCCCGGAAUCAGCAACGCAGCGCCCGCCCUCUCCCGAAUCCCCAAGAACUCUUCCCUACCGCCCGCACCGGCCGGCGCACCGGCCGGCGCCCAAGCUUCCCCUCCACCAUCUCAUCCGCAAGGCGACGCGGCAGGCACAGAGGACCCGAACCUUCCGCCGGCAGCAGACGCGCCGCGGUUAUUUGCGAGUCGACAGCGGGAGUUGGCGCGCGAUCUGGUCAUCAAGGAGCAGCAGAUCGAGUACCUGAUCUCUGUGCUGCCGGGGAUCGACUCGAGUGAGGAGCAGCAGGAGAGGAGGAUUAAGGAGCUGGAGAAGGAAUUGAGGGGGAUGGAGGAGGAAAGGGAGGAGAGGAUGAGGGAGUUGGGACGGUUGAGGAGACGGUUGGAGGGGGUGCUGGGGGCUGUGGAGAGGGGGGUUUAUGGGGAUCGGUCGUUGUGA